AUGCAGUCAACGAAUGAUGCAAAAUGCGAUAAUUUUGCGCACCUGGCGGCGUGUCGCUUGUUCAUGGAUGAUGGCGGUGCUGAUUUAGAGAAUUCGGAAACUCGCUCUGCUCCGGGCGAUCUCCAGAAGCCCUCCUCGUCACGCGAGCAUCAUUUCUCGCGCAGCGGCACCGGUGAGAGCAGGUGGAGAGGGCCGGUUCCAGCAGGAUUCUUGUGUGCUGAUGAGAAAUCACCGCUCUCCAAUGAACAAGGCGGCAGAAGACCUGUUGGUCAUUACAGAAAUUUUAAUAAUGGUUUUGCGUCGGGUCCACCUUGGCCGACAGCACAAAGGCGGGAGAAGCCCUGGUCGUCAGUAUGUGGCUGGCAGAAGCAGCAACAGAUCCAGGCUAUCGAAAACGAAAUUAAUGUUAUGGCAACGGAAUCGUUGGUUGGUCUACGAACUUGGAGGCCGAAAUGGAUGCAGCGAUUCAGUACGAAGAACUGGAUGCUGUUGUGGAUGUGUUGGUUCUGUACGGUUCAAGGAUUACUCGUUAAUGGUUUGGUACCGUCAGCAAUUACUUCAAUUGAACGACGUUUUCAGUUCAGCUCAUCAGCCAUAGGUCGUAUCAUGCAGUUUUAUGAUUUUGGCUACGUGCUUUUGUGCAUACCUGUUUCGUACUUCGGCGGACGUCACUCGAAACCAAUGGUACUUGCAGUUGGUCUACUUCUAAUGGCUUUGGGCAGUUUCAUCUUCACGAUGCCGCAUAAUCUUUCGGAUUCUUAUACGUCAGCAUUUAAUACAAAUGAAUCGACAUUCAGCAAGUGUCACAUAUCACGCCAUCUUUUUGGUAGUUUUUCCAAGUGUUAUGAAAUUUUUCCUUUUAUUACUGCCUUUAUGCGUUGCUAUAAUCUUUUGUGAUG